AUGUCAGUUGCAUCAAGGAUAAGAGAUAAAUUAAAGAAUAAUUUAGAGAGUAGUGGUGGACAUUCAGUAGUUACAAGUGGUACAAAAGUAAUUAGAUAUAGAGCAGGUCAAAGACCAGAUUAUGCAGAAGCGGAAGAUGAUCAAGAUAGUCAUUUUUCAAAUAUUCAAAAUCAAAAAUCAAUUAAAGAAGCAGAAACAAAUGAUCCGAGAUUAGCUAGAUUUAAAAAUAGGUCUUCAAAUCAAGAUGAACCACAAUCUGUUGAAGAAAGAAAAGCAAGUAGAAGAAGACAUCAUGAUGAUGAUAAUGAUAAUGAUACCACCACCACAACUACAACCACUACAUCAAGAAGAAUACAAAAAACAGAGAUUAUAAAAGAAGAUGAUGAUAAUAAUAAUAAUAAUAAUAAUGAUACAAAAAAGGAUCAUAAUGAUGAUGAUGAAGAUGAUGAUAGAAGAAGAAGAGCAAAAGAAAGAUAUUUAAAGAAAAAAGAAGAAGAAGAACAAAAACAAAAAGAAUUAGAAGAGAAACAACAACCAUUUAAAGAUAUUGAAGGUGAAAGUGAAGAAGAGGGUAGUAGUGAAUAUGAAACAGAUUCAGAAGAGGAUGAUGAGGAUGAAUAUUGGGAUCAACCACCAAUAUUUAGACCAACAUUUAUAAAAAAAGAUGAUAGAGGUACAAUUAAAACUGAUGAACAAUGGGAGAAAGAAGAACAAGAACAGCAAGCUCAAUUGGAGAGAGAGAAAGAACAAAGAAAAAUCGAAGCUCAUAGAAAAUUAAAAGAUGAAUUAGAUAGGGAUAGAAAAGAGCAAGAAGCUAAAGAAUUGGAACAAAAAGAAGAGGAAGAGUAUGACGAUGAUGAAGAUCAAGAUGGUAGUAAAAAACUAUUAUGGAUUCAAAGAGAAUUGGAGCGUGUUAGAUUGGAGAUUCAUACUCGUCUAUUGGCAGAAUUUGAAAAGAAAGAAUUUGCAAGAAGAAGAGCAAUGACCGAUGACCAAAUCCUUAAAGAGGAUCCAUCUCGUUCGCGAACAAACAUUGAUAACUCACAAAAGAAACAAUUGAAAUUCCUUCAAAGAGAUUACCAUCGUGGUGCUUUCUUUCAAGAUGACGAGUAUAUUAAAAAUAAAGAUUUCUCUGCACCAACUGGUGAAGAUAAAUUCAAUCGUGAACUAUUACCAAAAGUAAUGCAAGUUAAAAACUUUGGUAAAGCAGGUAGAACUAAAUAUACUCAUUUAAAAGAUCAAGAUACAACUGAAAAAGAUUCAUUAUGGAAUACAAAUUAUAAUAAUAAAAAAAAAUAUAAUAAUAAUAAUAAUAAUAGUAAUAGUAAUAGUAGUAAUAAUAAUAGAGACUAUAACUAUAGGGAUAGAGAUAAUAGGUCCUAA